GAAUGUUUUUGUUUGUUUAACUUGUACGUCUUGACAGUGGACUUGGCACCGAACCGGCUUAUCUUAAGAUUUUCACGGUAGGGCCUCUUUGUCAUUCUAACAAUAUGUUACGGUCGUGCUGCGGACGUGCUCUAGGAAAAGCUACUGCCCUCCAGUCGUCUCCCAGCACUUUGUUCUCCCUCAGCAGAAGUGUUUGGUAUAGUGGCUGUGCAGGGAUGGAGCGCGGCCAAGAAAAACUUGAUGGGUUCAACAUCAGCUACGUCAGAACAGGAUCAGGUCCAAAUGCUGUUUUGUGCCUACCUGGAGCGUUAGGUUCGGCAUUGACUGAUUUUCGACCACAACUGGAACACUUAGACAAGAAGAACUUUACAAUUAUUGCUUGGGAUCCCCCAGGCUAUGGACAAAGCCGACCCCCUGAUAGAGACUUUACAGGUGAUUUUUUUCAUCGAGAUGCUGAUGUGGCAUUAAAGCUCAUGAAGGCCCUGAAACUACCCAAAUUUUCUAUGUUGGGAUGGAGUGAUGGGGGCAUUACAGCUAUGAUACUCGCUGCAAAGAACCCUUUGAACGUACAUAAAUGUGUAGUUUGGGGUGCCAACGCAUAUGUCUUAAAAGAGGAACUAGAAAUUUACAAAAAAAUUCGGGACAUCAGCACAUGGUCAGAAAAAAUGCGAGCUCCACUUAUAGAAUUGUACGGUGAGGAAUAUUUCAGGACAACCUGGGAGAAAUGGGUUGAUGCAUUCAUCCAUAUUUAUGAAGUUAAUGAUGGGGAUAUAUGCAAAAAAGAAGUCAAACUUAUUCAAUGUCCACUGUUUGUAAUUCAUGGGGACAAGGAUCCUUUGGUCUCCAAUGAGCAUCCUAAACACAUCCUUGAUGCAGUGCCACAUUCCAGAGUAUUUCAUUUUGUGGACGGCAAACACAAUGUUCACCUCCGGUAUGCAGAAAAAUUCAAUGAGCUUGUCUCUGAAUUUCUAUUGGAAUGUGCUCCUGGUCAACAGGUAAGAAGAGUUCAAGGAGAUCAGGAUAGUAAAUUAUAGAAAGAUUUGUCAGAGUGUUUGGAAAGUACUUUUUUUGUGUAGUAGAAAUCACAAUGUUUUUGCAGCUGCUAAAAGCUAUUGGAGGGAAAAUUCAAGUAGUAAUUUCCAGUAAUACAAGCAUCAUGGUGUUGUUGGUUGAUAAAAAGAAAUUUUAUUGGUGUCCUGUCAAAUCAAAUGGUAACUGCCAUCAGCUAUUACCUGUCAGCACCAAAAUGUAAUGAGACAAUAAAAUUGCUAUUUUAAGAAUGAAAAGGAGUGCCAUUAUAUAUUGUGGAUUAAAUUUUGUCUAACGUAAUAUCUACCAAACAAGAUUUUUUUUGUACAAGAUUUUCUUUUUGUGACGUGUAUUGAAGAUUUAUUGUACAUACUCCAGAUCACAACUUUCUUUUAUCUGGCCUUGCAUUAUCAUGGUUUCCUGUCUUCAUUUAUGUUCGGUAUUUAAAUUUUGCCAAAUGAUUUACAGUUUUAUAUUUUGCAUUUAGGCGUUCACCAGUUAGAGGUGUUAGUUUUAAGGAUUGUACAAUAUUCAAUUGAUCAUCAUUUGGCACAUAUCUCUGAAUAAAAAUUUUUCAAGCUUCAACAACUAAUAUAUUGUAUGCAAUGUGCAGAAUGAACUUUGUGCGUAUGUUUACUCUCUAAUUGAUAAGAAUUUAGGGCUAUUACAUAUCAUGACAAUUUUUGUCUGGAGAUGCAAAUAAUGUUGUUUGAAAACAAUUGGUUUCUUACUGACGUUGAAAAUGUCACGGUAGUCAACAAUAUUCUGAUUUUUCUGAACACGCCAGAAUUAGGGCUGAGAGUCUGCUGUCUUCAAGGUAUGGGUUUUCUUGUUCAAGUUUUUUGGAAGUACUUUUUUGUGCAGUUGACAGUUGUUAACACACAUCUAUCUGUUAAAGCUGUGAUCUGUGUUUUAAAGCAUCAAAGUAUGAGUAAAGUCCUCACUUCAUAAUCAUCUGAGCUGGAUAGAAAUGAAGGCGACUGCAGAGACUUCAAUGUAUUCCUCUUAUAAUUUAUGUUAUGAACACAUUAAAUAUAUUACAUUAAAUAUCAAAACUUCAAA